CCAGCGUUUGUGGAGCGGUGCUUCUCUGCAUUGCAACUCCGCGGGUGGAAGAGGUGACACACACAGAGAGAGGCGAGACUUUCCCCCCUACUUAGUCCUGCUCCCAGAGACACUUUGAUGCCAGGCUCGGAGAUGAAGGGCGCAAGGACCAGAGUGAAGACCACCGCCCUGGUAGCUCUGGUGGUCUUCUCCCUGCUGCUGAUCUUCCUGUGCGCUCUCUUGAUCCGGACCUACACCUUCAGCCCGGGGGUUGCCGGCGACCAGCGCUGGGCCAGCGGGCACCCACCGGCACACGCCGGCGACUUCAGCCCCCGGGAGAAGCAGCGGAUGCUGGCAGCCUUCAAAGCAGCUCUUCGCAUCCGUACCGUGUCCAGCGGCGAACCCCAACACAACAACACAGCCCUGGAAGAGUUCGGACUCCAUCUAUCCAAAGCUUUCCCAGCCGUGUUUUCCUCGAGUGUGGUGCAGCACGAGACCGUUGCCAACUACAGCCACCUGUUCACCGUCCGUGGGUCAAACAGCUCCCUGCAGCCCUACCUACUGACGGCCCACCUGGACGUUGUUCCUGCCGUCGCUGGAGAGUGGGAGGUCCCGCCGUUCUCUGCGGAGGAGCGCGGCGGCUUCAUAUACGGACGGGGAACCUUGGACGACAAGCUAUCUGUCAUGGGAAUUCUCCAAGGCCUGGAAUUGCUGUUGAACCGAGGCUACACUCCACAGCGAUCGUUCUACAUUGGAAUAGGUCACGAUGAAGAGGUUGGAGGGAACAGCGGAGCCAAGAACAUCGCCUCCGUCUUGCUGUCCCGAGGAGUGACGAUCGCCUUCCUCCUGGAUGAGGGGUCCGCCAUAUUGGAGGGCGUUAUACCAGGAUUGGAGAAACAGGUUGCAGUGAUCGCCACGUCCGAGAAGAGUUCCGCCACCAUUGGACUGACCGUGACGACGGCCUCCGGACAUUCCUCGAUGCCUCCGAAAGAGACCAGCAUUGGGAUCCUGGCAGCAGCAGUGUCCAAACUGGAACGUAACCCGAUGCCCAGAAUGUUUGGACAGGGACCAGAGCGAGGGCUAUUUGAACACCUCACUCCGCAGCUUUCAUUCCCUCUGAAUAUGGUCAUGGCGAACCUGUGGCUGUUUGGCCCAUUGAUCAGCAGGAUGUUAGAGAAAAAACCAUCGACCAACAGUCUUGUGAGAACGACCACCGCAGUGACGGAGUUCCAUGCUGGGAUUAAGGCAAACGUGAUUGCUUCCUCUGCUCGAGCGACUGUGAAUUUCAGGCUCCACCCGGCCCACAGGCUAGACGAGCUUCUCCAGCAAGUCCAGCACAUUAUAUCAGAUGAACGGGUUAAGAUUGAAGUUCUCCAGUCCGAUCCUCCGAUCCCAAUGAGUUCCUAUGCAGACGAUGCAUUUGGCUAUCAGCUGAUCAAAGGGACAAUUGGCAACAUAUUUCCUGAGGCGGUCAUCACUCCAGGUCUCUGCACAGCAAGCACAGACACCAAACAUUACCGCAACAUCACCACAGAACUCUACCGAUUCACCCCGAUGAUCUUGAAAGAGGAAGACAUUUCUCGGGUACACGGUGCCAAUGAGAGAUUAUCUGUAAGGGGCUAUGAAGAAGUUGUUCAGUUUUACUUCCGUUUUAUACAGAACUCUGACUCCUAGUCGCUGGGAUGGGCAGAGAAGGGAUGGACAGAUGAUCAUAGAACUAUGCAAUCUUGAGAUUUUCCACCGCAUGGCACAGCGGGAAACAAAGAUCUCACUAAGCUAACUAGUAGAUAAUUCUCCCCCUCAAUGGUUUGGCAGGGACAAAGGGUGAAGUGGCAACCUGUGGCCAGUUAAAUGGCAGAUGAAAGCAAUCUCUGCCCGUCAAUGCAGUACCCACAUCAAGCUAUGGACCAGAUCACCUCAUCCAUCCCCAACAAACGGAUUCAGAAACACUGCCCCUUCAAUAGACAACCGAGUCAAUAGACAAUAACUCUAUAAUCUAGAGUUGAAAUAUUUAUCCCCACUCAGUGACAGAGACCACAGAACAACUGGAUUGGC